AUGUCGUACAAUGACAAUUACGACCAAACUGGUGGUGCCGGUCAAGGCUACUACACAGAUAAUGGUCAGCAGGACCCUUCUGGCCAGCAAAAUCCAGGUGAGUACUACGAUCAGGCUCCUCCUCAGGAUGCUGCCGUUGCAGCUGGUGCUCCCGGCGUUGCUGGUGCUCCCGGCGUUGCUGGUGCUCCUGGCGUUCCUGGCGUUCCUGGUGCUCCUGGCGCUCCUCCACAGGAUGGAUACUAUGACCAAAAUAACUACCAGGGAUAUGCUGCCGGCUAUGACCAGAACGGUGCCCCUCAAGGUGCUUACUAUGACCAACAGCAGCAGCAGCAGUAUCCUCCUCAACAGGGUUAUUAUGAGCAAGGUGGACAUGAUGCUGAGGCAUAUUCAGACUUCAGCUACGGUCCUGGCGCUGCUCCAGGCACUCCUUACGAUGGUUAUGGUACCCAGUAUACACCUUCCCAGGUGAGCUACGGUGGUGCUCGUUCCUCGGGUGCAUCUACUCCUAUUUAUGGUGCUGGUCCAUACGAUCAGGGUAUGGUGGUUCUUCCAACCGAUCCUUAUCCUGCAUGGACCGCCGAUAAUCAGGCCCCCGUUACCAUCGAGCAGAUUGAAGAUAUCUUCAUUGAUUUGGCCAAUAGAUUUGGUUUCCAGCGUGACUCAAUGCGUAAUAUGUUUGACUACUUCAUGACUAUGUUGGAUUCUCGUUCCUCCAGAAUGUCUCCUGCUCAGGCAUUACUCUCGUUACAUUCAGACUAUAUUGGUGGUGAUGCUGCCAACUACAAGAGGUGGUACUUCGCCGCUGAAAUGGAUAUUGAUGAUGAUAUCGGUUUCCGUAACUUGGAUGUUGGAAAAUUGUCCCGUAAGGCUCGUAAAGCCAAAAGAAAAUCCAAAAAGGCAAGGAAAGCCGUUGAAGAGAACGCUGGUGAUACUGUCAAGACACUGAAUGAGCUAGAAGGUGAUGACUCCUUGGAAGCCGCAGAUUACAGAUGGAAGGCUAAGAUGAACGCGCUUUCUUCGUUUGAUAAAGUUCGUCAGGUCGCUCUUUGGCUAUUGGUUUGGGGUGAAGCUAACCAGGUUCGUUUUACUCCAGAACUUCUAGACUUCAUCUACAAGUGUGCCUCUGAUUAUUUGGAAUCAGAUGCCUGUAAGCAGCGUACUGACCCUGUUCCUGAAGGUGAUUACUUGAAUCGUGUCAUUACUCCUCUCUAUCAAUUCCUAAGAGAUCAAGUCUAUGAAGUUAUUGAUGGACGUUUCGUUAAGCGUGAGCGUGAUCAUAACCGUGUCAUCGGUUACGAUGAUGUUAACCAGCUCUUUUGGUAUCCUGAAGGUAUCUCAAGAAUUGUUGUCGAAGACGGUACCCGUCUAAUUGACUUCCCUCCAGAAGAAAGAUUUAUGAAGUUGGGUGAAGCUACUUGGGAUACUAUCUUCUUCAAGACCUACAAAGAAGUCCGUACUUGGCUUCAUGUUAUCACAAACUUUAAUCGUAUUUGGAUUAUUCAUAUCUCUGUUUUCUGGAUGUAUUGUGCCUACAACGCUCCUACACUUUACACCAAAAACUAUGUUCAAGUUCUAAAUAACCAGCCAUUGGCUUCAUCACGUUGGGCUUCUGCAGCCCUCGGCGGUACCGUCGCUUGCGUUAUCAACAUCUUCGCUUCAGUUUUUGAGUGGUUCUUUGUGCCUCGUAAAUUUGCUGGUGGACAGCGUUUAACUCGUCGUAUGAUGUUUUUGUUCAUUCUCCUUGCUAUCAACCUUGCACCUGUGGUGUUUGUCUUUGCCUGGGCUGGUAUAGAUACUUACUCAAAAGCUGCGUAUGCAGUCUCCAUUGUCGCUUUCUUCAUUGCCGUCGCAACUGUUUGCUAUCUCGCUGUGAUGCCUUUAGGUGGUCUUUUUACCUCCUAUAUGAAAAACUCCUCCCGGAGAUAUGUUGCCCAACAAACUUUCACUGCUUCUUUCUACAAAUUGAAAGGUCUUGAUUUGUAUCUUUCAUGGUUCCUUUGGUUUAUUGUGUUUGUUGGUAAGUUUGCUGAAUCUUACUUCUUCCUUAUUUUGUCCCUUCGUGAUCCUAUCCGAAAUUUGACUCAAGGUGUUAUGCGUUGUCACGGUGACACUUGGUUUGGUAAUGUUCUUUGUCAGCAGCAAGCCAGAAUUACUUUGGGUUUAAUGUGGGCCACCGAUUUCAUUUUAUUCUUCCUUGAUACUUAUAUGUGGUAUAUUUUGGCCAACUGUGUUUUCUCUGUUGGUAGAUCUUUCUACCUUGGUAUUUCUAUCUUAACCCCAUGGAGAAAUAUCUUCACCCGAAUGCCUAAGCGUAUCUACUCUAAGGUUCUUGCUACCAGUGAUAUGGAGAUAAAGUACAAGCCUAAGGUUCUUAUUUCCCAGGUUUGGAAUGCUAUUAUCAUUUCUAUGUAUCGUGAACAUUUGCUUGCCAUUGACCACGUUCAGAAGUUGUUAUAUCACCAAGUUCCAUCUGAGGUUGAAGGUAAGCGUACGCUUCGUGCGCCAACCUUCUUUGUCUCUCAAGAUGAUAACAACUUUACCACCGAGUUCUUCCCAACGAACUCGGAAGCCGAGCGUCGUAUCUCUUUCUUUGCACAAUCCUUGGCUACUCCUAUUCCUGAGCCUCUUCCAGUCGACAAUAUGCCAACUUUUACUGUCUUCACUCCUCACUACUCUGAAAAGAUUUUGCUAUCUUUGAAAGAGAUUAUUCGUGAGGAUGACCAGUACUCGCGUGUUACCUUAUUGGAAUACUUGAAGCAGUUGCGCCCUAUUGAGUGGGACUGUUUUGUGAAAGACACCAAGAUUCUUGCAGAGGAAACUGCUGCUUAUGACAACUCUGGAGAUGAAAAACAAGAUGAAGUUAAGCAGGAGAUUGAUGAUUUACCAUUCUACUGUAUUGGUUUCAAGUCUGCCGCUCCGGAAUACACUUUGCGUACACGUAUCUGGGCUUCUUUGCGUUCCCAGACUUUGUACAGAACUGUCUCUGGUUUCAUGAACUAUGCCCGUGCUAUUAAGUUGUUGUACCGUGUUGAAAAUCCUGAAAUUGUUCAAAUGUUUGGUGGUAACGCUGAAGGUUUGGAACGUGAACUCGAGAGAAUGGCCCGUCGUAAGUUUAAGUUUGUUGUCUCUAUGCAGCGUUUGACUAAGUUCAAGCCGGAAGAAUUGGAGAAUGCUGAAUUUUUGUUACGUGCCUACCCAGAUUUGCAGAUUGCCUAUCUUGACGAGGAGCCUCCUCUUCAUGAGGGCGAGGAACCAAGAAUAUACUCUACCAUGAUUGAUGGUCACUGUGAGAUCUUGGAGAACGGUCGCAGAAGACCGAAGUUUAGAGUUCAGUUAUCAGGUAACCCUAUUUUGGGUGAUGGUAAAUCAGACAAUCAGAAUCAUGCCUUAAUCUUUACCAGAGGUGAAUAUUUGGAAUUGAUUGAUGCUAAUCAGGAUAACUAUCUUGAGGAAUGUUUGAAGGUGCGUUCUGUUUUGGCCGAGUUUGAGGAGUUGAACAUUGAGCAUGUCAAUCCUUACGCUCCUAGUUUGGACAAGGAGCCGGCCAAGGUUCCCCAUCCCGUUGCUAUUGUUGGUGCCCGUGAAUACAUUUUCUCUGAGAACUCUGGUGUUCUGGGUGAUGUUGCUGCUGGUAAGGAGCAGACCUUUGGUACUUUGUUUGCCAGAACUCUUGCUCAGAUUGGUGGUAAGUUACAUUAUGGCCAUCCCGAUUUCCUUAACGCUAUCUUCAUGACUACCCGUGGUGGUGUCUCUAAAGCCCAAAAGGGUCUUCAUUUGAACGAAGAUAUUUACGCCGGUAUGAAUGCCAUGUGCCGUGGUGGUAUAAUCAAGCAUUGUGAGUACUACCAAUGUGGUAAGGGUAGAGAUUUAGGCUUUGGAUCUAUUUUGAAUUUUACUACUAAGAUUGGUGCCGGUAUGGGUGAGCAGAUGCUAUCCCGUGAGUACUAUUACAUGGGUACUCAACUACCAUUGGACCGUUUCCUCACAUUUUAUUACGCCCAUCUUGGUUUCCAUAUCAAUAACUUGUUCAUUCAGUUGUCUCUUCAGAUGUUCACAUUGGCAUUGGUCAAUUUGAAUGCCUUGGCUCACGAGUCCAUUAUCUGUCUUUACGACAGAUAUAAGCCUAUCACCGAUAUCCAGUAUCCAUUGGGAUGCUACAACUUUUUCCCUGCUAUUGACUGGGUCAGACGUUAUACUUUGUCCAUUUUCAUUGUUUUCUUCAUUUCGUUUGUGCCAUUGUUGGUUCAGGAGUUGAUUGAGAGAGGUGUCUGGAGAAUGAUCUGCCGUGUCGGCCGUGACUUCUUUUCUAUGUCUCCAUUCUUUGAGGUGUUCACUGCUCAGAUUUACUCUUCAUCUCUUCUUAACGAUAUUUGUAUUGGAGGUGCCAGAUAUAUCGCCACAGGUAGAGGUUUUGCAACCUCUAGAAUUCCGUUCUCUGUCUUGUACUCUCGUUUUGCUGAUUCUACUAUCUACAUGGGUGCUCGUUUGUUUAUCAUGCUUUUCUUUGCUACUGUCGCUCGCUGGCAGCCAGCCUUGUUAUGGUUUUGGGCUAUCGUUGUCUCCUUCAUGUUCUCACCAUUCAUUUUCAAUCCACAUCAGUUCGCUUGGGAUGACUUCUUCAUUGAUUACCGUGACUUCAUUCGUUGGCUGUCACGUGGUAAUACCAAAUGGCACAGAAACUCUUGGAUUGGAUAUGUCAGACUUACUCGUUCCAGAAUCACUGGUCUCAAACAGAGAACCAUUGGUGAUUCCUCUGAGAAGAGUGCAGGUGACUUUGUUAGACCUCACAGAACGAAUAUGCUUUUCUCUGAUACAAUCCCUUGUGCUCUUUACACCGCAGGUAUCUUUGUCGCAUAUACUUUCAUUAACUCCCAAACAGGUGUUCUCGACCCAAGCGCCGUUAAUUCUACGCUUCGUAUUCUUAUCUGCUCCUUAGGACCUAUUGUCAUCAAUAUCGCUGUUCUUGGAGUUUGUUUGUCUAUGUCGUGCUGUGCCGGUCCACUUUUGGGAGUGUGCUGUAAGAAGACUGGUGCCGUUAUGGCUGGUGUUGCUCAUGGUAUCGCAGUUGUUGUUCACCUUGUGUUUUACAUCGUGAUAUGGUGCGUGGAAGGUUUCAGUUUUGUUAGAGUUUUGAUUUCAAUUAUCGCAAUGGUUUACAUUGAACGUUUGAUCUUCAAGAUUAUGACUUUGCUCUUGCUUACUAGGGAAUUCAAGAACGAUCAUUCUAACAUCGCCUUCUGGACAGGUAAAUGGUACGGAUCUGGUCUUGGUUUCGCAGCCUGGACCCAGCCUGCCAGAGAGUUUGCUGCCAAGAUCAUUGAGAUGUCCCAGUUCGCUGGUGACUUUAUUCUUGGCCACUUCCUUCUCUUCGUUCAAUUACCGAUGUUGUGCGUGCCUUUUGUGGAUAAGUGGCAUUCCUUUAUGCUUUUCUGGUUGAAACCAAAUAAGCAGAUCAGGCCUCCUAUUUACUCUUUGAAGCAGGCUCGUUUGAGAAAGCGGAUGAUCAGAAAGUACUCGGCUCUUUACUUCUUGGUGUUGGUUAUCUUUGUUGUCUUGAUUGUUGCUCCGGCCGUUGUUGGUUCCUUGGAUUUGAUCAACUUCGACAACCUUAAUUUGCCAACCUUUGCCGAUGGUCUCUUCCAGCCAAGACAUCAGAGCAUCAAUGAUACUGGAUUUGGUUCCGGUACCUACAAGCCCGAGUGGACCACCACUACUUCGUUGCAAACUUGGUCUACAAAGGCAUAA